AUGCUUUGGGGGAUGCCUUUGCUUCUUACCCUCGGUCAAUCUUCCGAUAUUGAGGCGGGCAGUCUGAGCGACAAUGCCGCUCGGGUUGUUCCUGUGGCUCCCUUGACCGGACCAGGUGUAUCAACACUGACAGAUCCGAACACCGUCUCCAGUCCGGUCACCUCUUCCUUUGCAGGCUCAUUCAGCUCGGCGCCUACCAUUGCUGAUGGCUGGUGGUCCUCAUUCUGGUCUUCAGUUGCUGCAGGCUCUACAUCAUGGGAUGGCGAUGGGUUUGGGACCACUGAUAUCGUUCUCACGUUGUAUUCGACCGAUUCAACCACCACGGAUUCUGCAGGGAUGGUGAGCUCACAGCCUUUGACAACAGUCACGGGCACACUGUCGGCAAGUGUUACAAGUUCUACCUUCGUUGCCCAUGGAUCAGAGUCGCUCAUUUCAUCGGGGCCUAUCGUUGUUCCGGCCUCCAAGUCCAUGUCACCCGAUACAUCAGCUGUUGUUGAUUCGUUGUCAUCUGAUAAGACAACCACUACUACGCUCACAACACGAGUUAAGACCACAUUGUAUGUGACAAAUGUCACCACGGCUCCUCGUUUGUCUGCAACGCCAGCAACUUCUAUGCGGAGCUGGAGCGAUUGGACUUUGAGCCGGUCCUGGCCAGCUUGGCUGAAUUCCACAGCCUCACGAAGUGCCUCACGAAGCAUCUCGACUGCUCAUUCAACUACCGCGGACUCGCUUUCGACGGCCUCGAGUGCGACCCCAGAAUCUCUGCCUGAGGUGACAGUCACAGUCUAUGUCACACCACUUUUGCCGACAAGCCCGUCAACCACUACGCUUACCGUGACUGUAUUGGCCACAUCGACAAGGACAACUCUGGUUAGCUUAACUACAGGUUCAGAUGUGGCUCUAACGUCAGGUUUGAUGACCAUCAGCCCCAUCAGCCCUCACACGAGCGCCGUGUCUGUAGCCAGUAUUCAUACGCCGUCAUCCACCUCGUUGCCUGUCCGCAAUGCUACAAUCAGUCCCAAUGUCGAACCGACUCUCUCUCUUCGGUUGCCCGGCGGAGUGUUCUUGUCGACAGAGACAAACGGGGUGGUCUACUCAUACAGUGGCUAUACAUCGGCGAACACCACCCACUACGUGAGCCUUCUAGCACCCAUAAUUACAACUUGCGUUCCGACGACUACAGUAACCUAUUACAAUGCCCAAGGAAGUCCUACUCAAACCAUUCUCCAGUGUGGAACCGGUAUCGGCCCAGAUGUGACCCCGGGAUUUGGGAUCGCGAGUCUAGACAACACUGCGACGCCGCAUUCGACAUCAACACUGUCUAUUUCGCCACCAACUGCAAGCCCAUUGCCAACAGCUCCUGCUGCGUCGCCGCUGUCUCCUGAGAACCCUCCACCCACACGAGUGACCGCGAGCCUUGACAGUCCGCUAGCGUGCAGCCUUGGUUUCGGAAAUCCCACGCCGCCAGGCCGCACCUUAACGCCAGCAAUCACGAACCACGCGCAUGGAACUGUUGCCAGCAGUGAGACUCCUUCUCCUUCCCGACUAUGGCAAGACGGCAGUGGGCUCGAAAGCGCCGGAAGCGUUUCUUCUCGCACUUCUGCAUCCAAGCGGGAUCGGGACCAGGAUGAUCGACCGCAACGAACUCGGGCUGCCAAUAGGACCUUCCUGCGCAGCAGUGAGGCCGUUGGAGGACAGCGACCGAGCACCACGCUGAUCACCGUGCCUCGAUCGAGCUAA